GAAAUAUUUAAUUUAUUUAUGUAGUGGGAGAUUGGCUUAACCUAUUUAAUACAACUUUAAAAAUUAAAAUAUUUGGUAAAGCUAAAUUAGUAUUUAAAAAAUGAAAUAUACAAUUACUUCUCUGUUAUUACUAGCUGCAUACGUUGCAGCUACCAGUCUGAAUAACCAGAACAUCGUUAUCAAAAAAAUUCCAGGCGGUUUAAGUGGUGUCGGAACCACUACACGAUAUUGGGACUGUUGUAAAGCAACUUGUUCUUGGCCUGGAAAUGUGGAAUACAAAAAGCCAGUAAAAGCGUGCCAGGCUGACGGAGAAAACGCCAAUGAUCCAGAAAAUGAGUCUGGAUGUAUUGGUGGUCAAUCUUAUAUAUGUACAAAGCAAUCUGGUUUCGCAAUUAACUCAACUUUAGCCUAUGGGUAUGUUGCUGCUCGUUUCCAUGGAACAACUAGAAACAUGUGUUGUUCGUGCGUUCUCUUCAGUUUCCAACCUCAAGAGUUGGCUAAUAAGAAAAUGUUGGUACAAGUAACCAACACUGGAAAUGCACCUGAAACAAACACUAACUUAUUUGAUAUCGCCAUGCCUGGAAGUGGAGUUGGAUAUUACACACAAGGUUGUACAUCUCAGUGGCAUACUGAUGUUUCUAGCUGGGGAGAUCAAUACGGUGGAGUAAAUUCUUUACAAGAGUGUUACAAUCUUCCCCAGCCAUUAUGGGAAGGCUGUGCAUUUAGAUUCAAUUGGAUGUUGGGAUAUUCCAAUCCUGAUGUUAGUUUUGAAGAGGUAGAAUGUCCACAGGAGCUGCUUAGUAUUAGUGGUUGUGAUCCCAUUUCUCAUCCUUAAUUUUUAUUUAAUAAAUAUAUUUUAUGAGAAAAA